GAUAAAAAGAUAACAACUCGGAUGCUAAAAUCCUGCUCUCUGACUUUUGACAUCUCAAAACAUUUUAGUCAACGCAAUUUCGUGAAAUAAAAUACAGCUGAGGAAUUGCGACAGAUUCCGGCGACGGCGAAAGGCGGACAACCACCUGGCUAUGGCGAUUACCGAAGGUCAACAUCAACAGAACAAGUGGAGGCUCUGCCCGAUUUGGCAAUCAGCGACCGCCUCUUCUACUCAGAAUCUUCACAACAAUUCGCAGAAUAACUACCACCACAACGGCGUCUCUUCUGAUGCCCGCUCUGCCUCCACCGUAUCCUCAGUCGCCAGAUCGAUUCUCCCCGCUCGACGUCGACUACGUUUCGAUCCUUCUAAUAAUCUCUACUUUCCUUAUGAGCCAGGAAAGCAGGCUAGAAGCGCCGUUAGGAUUAAGAAUUCCAGCAAGUCUUUCGUUGCUUUCAAGUUUCAAACUACUGCACCAAAAAGUUGUUUUAUGCGACCACCUGGAGGUAUCCUUGCUCCUGGAGAAAGCCUCAUUGCUACUGUGUUCAAGUUUGUGGAGCACCCAGAGAACAGUGAAAAGCCUAUAGGUCAGAAGAGCAAGGUCAAGUUCAAGAUCAUGAGUCUGAAGGUGAAAGAUGGCAUGGAUUACUUACCUGAGUUGUUUGAUGAGCAAAGGGAUCAGGUAACUGUUGAGCGUAUAUUGCGAGUUGUCUUUUUGGAUCCAGAACGCCCUAGUCCUGCACUAGAAAAACUGAAGCGUCAAUUGGCUGAAGCUGAUUCUGCCACGGAAGCACGCAAGAAGCCUCCGGUUGAUGCAGGUCCACAAGUCGUUGGAGAAGGUCUUGUGAUAGAUGAAUGGAAAGAGCGACGGGAGAAAUAUCUUGCACGGCAGCAGGUUGAGGCAGUGGAUUCAGUGUAAAGUACUUGUCGGUCUUAUUUAUGUGUGUGAUCGUUUUUCCAUGGUGAUUUUCUAACCUUAUCUCAUCCCAUCUGUAUUUAAUUCAUUUCUCGGGAUGGUGAAUAACGGUUCAAUGCUUCAUGUAGAAAAGAAUAAUAUUCGUAAUGAUCUUAGUUUGUGAGGUGAAUAUAUGCCACAGGGAUACUAGCAUCAAUGAGCAUGCUUUUCAUGACCGUUUGGAAUUUUGGAACACUUAGAAUUAUAAGUACUGGUCGUGUCGAUUGGUUAAUGUUUUUGUAGUUUAACAAUCCUUCUCAAAUACAGCUGUGCACAAUCCAGUUAGGGCAACUGUCUCUUUCCUAUAUCUUGUUUACGAGCUGUAUUAUAAGAAAAUUUACUUGAUCGAAUGGUUGGUACGACCUCAAGUUGUUGA